ACUACUAGAUAGCCUUGUGUGAAUACUCAAACUGCUUACUGCUCUUACCUCCCAGUAACAUUGCAAUGAGACGAGAUGUCCAAGAGGGCCAAGCUCGGUGUUUGUCUCGCCUAGGAAGGCACAAGGAGGCUCUGGAUAUUGCAGAAAAAAUGAGAAACAGCGCUACUAACACAGAUCACUUAACGACAGUUCUCAACCUGCAGUUUGCCAUUUACCAGGGUCUGGAAGAUGUAGAAGAAAAGAUCAUGUGUUUGCAGCAACUGAUCUGCUUACAUCCUUUCAACCCUUGGUACUGGAAGUUACUUGCUGAGGCUUAUAUGAGCCUUUUACAGAGCUUGUCUCCGAUAGUCAUCCGAGAAAUAAAACUAAAACAGUCCGAAAAGGUUAGUGUAAGCGAUAGUAGUUUCAAAACAUCAACUGGAAGAGAGAUUAAUGUGCAGCCUCACAGAUCAGAUGGCCAGAAAGAAGGCCCUUGGUCCAGCCUUGCUACAGAAACAAAGAGGGACAAUGCAAUGACUUGUAGCAGCAGCCAAGCUGUAAAAGAAUUCCUCUGCACUUCGGAAGACCCGGAAGGGGUGAAUGAAGGGAAAUGCUCAGCCUCUGAGUCCUGGGAGCAGAACAUAUCGAAGAAAGUUGGAAUCAAGGCAUGUGCCUCGUUUAUUAGAGCAAGGCUUUUACUUCAGCUUACGCAGUUGCAACAGUUGUCCUUUGCGUUGGAAAACAACAUAACAGGUCAAAAAGAAAUUGAUGAAAAAGUGGCACGACUUGGUUUCAAUGAAAACUCCGUGCUGUUGAUGACCAAAGUUAUGGGGCAGGAUCUUGUACCAGAAAAACUAAAAGAGGAAUUUCAGGGUGAGGUAAAAUGCAUAGGCCCUUCAGCGCUGUCAUCAUUGGUUACUGCAUCAGCCACAGAAUUUGAAAUCAAAUGGUUCGGUACUCUCCAAGAUGAUUUAUGUCACUUUGACGGACAAUUCUAUUCAGAUAUGUAUCUCCCCCCUUCGUUCUUUCUGGGGUACCAUGUUGCCACAAAAUUUGCCUUCCAAGGCCUGAGAUGGCGCUUGGGGCAGUGGUAUGGUGUACAAGGUAUGUUUGUAGCCAUUGGUAGUUACUUCCACCAUGGGCCCAGUGUGGGCCCCCGACUGCCCUGCACAGACAGAGCAGCACCACCAGAUCGAGCCUCCAUUUUUCUGGUUGGCAUUAGAGGAGAGAUCGCCAAAAGCCACUACCCUGGGCAGCAGAGGACAUGCCAGGCUGUGGCGGGUGUUCUGCUCCUGGUGCCAGAGCCUGCGGUGGAAGACUUGGUGCUCCCUGGCAGCGCCUGCAGCCGGCUGCUGGAGCAGAACGCCUGCCUGCAGCAUGCCCUGAAAGACCUGGAGAGGCAGAGCACUGCCCUGGAGGUGGAGAACCACCUCCUGAGAGAGAGAAGCUCUCCAGAAGCAUGCAAGGAGGCAGAAAGGCUCCAGCAGAAAACUGCUCAGCUAGCUGUCCUCACCGAGCAGCUGACAGAAAGAUGCAGGCAUCUGCAGGAGACCAUUGGGAACCUGGUGAGUUCUCCAAUGCCACAGCCCAUCCACAGCUCUGCUGAGGAACCAUGCAUGAAAUCAUUUCUUUGGCAGAGGGCUGGAGAAAGGAGAGAGCACGCUGGAGCUUUGCUGGCACAGCACCAGCAGAAUGAAGCCUCGCUGAAAGCAGCUGAGGAGCUCCAGGCCCAAGUGGCUGCAGAUGAUGAGGGCUCAUGUGAUCAGCCAAAGGUGUGA